AUGUCCGUUCUUUUCACAAGUAUCUCAGAGAACAACCCCGUCAAGCCGGGCGAUGCACAAGCCCUCCUCGACCCGCUCGGCCUGACCAUUGACCCAGCAGAGGCGAAGGAUUUUCACACACUUCUCGCAGCAGUACACGAUUGCGCCGAAGAUAUAGCUGCAUUGCCGGACUAUCAGCCAUUCUCCGAUCAGGUCAAAUAUCCACGAGAGAAUGUGCGCCGCCCAAGUGAGGAAGAGCAAGUCUUCGGGCAAGCCUGGGCACACAAAUUCCUCAUCCGCGGUAAUGCACAAGGCGGCCCUCUGGCAGGCAAAUCCGUCAGUUUGAAAGAUGUAAUUGCGGUCGCAGGCGUACCACAGCUUCUGGGCUCCGAUAUCAUUCCGUCUUGGACACCUACCACAGAUGCGACGGUUGUCACACGUUUGCUCGACGCUGGCGCUGACAUCCACGGGACAUCGACGUGCGAGAACUUGUGCCACUCUACAUCUUCAUAUACCAGUGCGCAAGGUACGGUGGAAAACCCGCAUGCCAAGGGAUAUUCGGCGGGUGGCAGUACAUCUGGAGGAGCAGCAUUGGUGGCAGCUGGUAUAGUGGACAUCACUAUUGGUGGUGACCAGGGCGGGAGUAUAAGAGUUCCUGCUUCUUUCUGCGGAUGCGUCGGACUCAAACCCACUCACGGGCGCGUUCCUUUCACCGGAAUCGCCAGCGGUGACUCGAUAAAUGACCAUGCCGGUCCGCUAGCCCGGACAACUCUGGAGGCUGCAAUGUGCCUAGAUACUAUCAGUGGAUACGACGGUAUUGAUGAUAAAGCUCUUGGUAGCUCGAAGCCAGGGUCUACCAAGUUCGCAUUAGCACUUCAAGAGAACUCGAACACGCUCGAGGGCUUCAGGAUUGGCGUGCUGCGUGAGGGCUUUGAACACAGUGCAGUAGACCCGCUUGUCAAGAGCUCAGUAUUGACUGCAGCUCAAAAGUUCAAAGAUCUGGGGGCAACAGUCGAGGAAAUCUCUCUCCCGGAACACCUGCAAGGGCCUGCACUCUGGACUAUUCAACAGCGAAUUUCUGGUGCGCAAACCCUGUUAGGCCAAAACGCAGGUAGAAGAGCGCUCUACAUGACUGAGAUGGAGCAUGCACGGCUUCCAUGGACGGACGAUGGCUUCCAGCGGGCAUUUCCCUCCACGAAGAACGUCAUCAUCAAUGGGCUCUAUCUGGCACAAAAGUUUCCUGGUCUCUACGGCAAAAGCGUCAAUAUUGCGCGACAUGUCAGUGACAAGUAUGAGGCCCUGUUUGAGAAAUAUGAUGUCCUGGUGAUGCCCACCACGCCGGUUGUCGCUCCUCGACAUGGGAAGCGGGAGCUUCCGAUUGAUUCGCUCAAGCCUAGCAUGGGUCUUACGAUCAACACUGCCAUAUUCAAUGUGACAGGCCAUCCUGCUAUAACGAUACCGGUUGGCUUGGCCUCGGCGAAAGAUGAUAACCAGGUCAUGCUGCCAGUUGGAUUGCAGAUUGUUGGUGGAUUGUGGCAGGAGGAAAAGAUUCUGCGGGCUGCCCAUGUAUGGGAGACUCAUUUUGACUGGAGGAAGAUGCAUUGCGCCGCCGAUAUGAACUAG